AUGUGCCUACAUGCCGACCAAAAUUUGGCUGCGCCGAAUCUGUCGCAGAUCGCGAAUGAUUUCGAGAUGACUCCCAUGCAGAAGGACUCUCGUCUCGGAGGUCUGGUACAGUUCGGUUUCUUCUUGGUUGGCGGUGCCGUCUCUGUCCUGGUCGGGCCAGCUGCGGACCAGUUUGACCGGAUCAAUGUCCUGUGCUGUGUGGUGCUGUGCGGCUGCCUCCCCUCACUGCUCAUGAGCCUGAUGGUUCCAUCCUCGAAGGCUGGCUUCUUUUACUUCUUCAUGGCCAGGAUAUGCACAGGGGUCGCAAUUGGUGGCUCCUUCCCGGUCCUCUUCGCCUUCUCCGCGGACAUAUUUCCAGCUUCCCAGCGUGCUCUGAUCUCCGGGGCCCUGAAUGCAGCGGGCAACAUCGGCGCAGCGUUGGGCGGUCUCAUGUCAGGGGUUGUGGGCCCAUCCUAUGGCUGGAGAAUGCCAUUCACGAUCGUAGCUCUGCCGACCCUCGUUUGCGCGGCUCUCGUCCGACUUCUCCUGGCGGAUCCCCGAACGCAGCAGAAGGCAAAAGCCAAGCGCGAGGAGGUGAUCACUAACGAGGCGUUUUCUGCUUGGAUGGGCGGUGCUGAAGUCCGCGGAGAAGGUCUUAGCAUGGAAGAUUUGGACCUGACAAAGUUUCAGAAGGUCUUUGCGGUGAAGUCGAACAUGCUGGUCUUUGCGCAGGCACUACCCGGCUGUAUCCCCAUCUCAGUGAUCGUGACUUUCCUGGCCGACUACCUGGCCACCGACCAGGGAAUGGCGGUGGAGGCCUCCACGGCAGUCACGGCGGUGUUCGGCAUGAGCUGCCUGGGCUUCGGCAUCACCGGCGGCAUCCUGGGACAGUCCUUGUGGAAUCAGAGGCAGAAGAGGAUGCACCACUUCUGCCUGCUGACAGCGGCUGGGAUGCUGGUAGCUCCACUUCCCUUCAUGCUGCUGGUGAACUCCUCGCAGGCACUCAUCACAUCUGCCUCCGGGCGGCCAACGCUCUUCGCCUUCUUCUUGGCCCUUUGCGGUGGGUCGGCGGCCCUGGCAGGGCCGAACAUCCGAGCGGUGCUGAUGAAUGUGAACCCUUCUGAACGCCGUGGAACUGUGUUUUCGGCAUUCACCUUGUGCGACGAUCUUGGUAAGGGGCUUGGCCCCAGCAUCGUAGUAGCACUUGUCUCACUCCUGGGACGCCGCAGAGCCUUCACCUUGGCUUUUGGAUCCUGGUGGAUAAGUGGCCCAGCUGCACAUGGGUAG